GCCGGCCAUGGCUCUUCAUUUCCACGCUGCUGGCUCCUUAAGCACUGGCAGCUGGAAGCCGUCACGGCCAGUGGUGUGUCUUUUCAGACUGAAGAGAAGACAGGAUGAGGAGUCCGCAGGCCCACAGAUAGUAGCAAGGGCUGGCUGGAUGGCGGCGGUAGCAGAGGCACUGUAAACAUCUGAGCACACCUCAGACGCAUCAGAGUCAACCUUCUUGCUACUUGGGACACCCAGAGAGAACUGUCCUCUGGGUCUGAAGAUUGACAGAGUGAACAGGAUGGCAAGGUACAGUGCAUGACCUGCUGACUGUGGCGGGUCCUAAAGUCUAGAACCCAAGAGGCCUGUGAACAGACAGGGCUAGCCUGGACUCCUGAAUCUAGAAUAGUGUGCAUUGUGAAAUGCUGAAAUUUUAGUUAAAAAUUUUUUUAUAGGGGCUACAGAGAGGAUUUGGUGGCUUAAGAGUACUGGCUGCUCUUUUAGAGGACCCUGGUUCAAUUCCCAGCACCCACUUGGUGGCUCACAACCAUCUGUAACUUAAGUCCCUGGGGAUCUGACACCCUCUUCUGACAUCAGCGGGCACCAACCACUCAUACAGGAUACAGGCAUCCACACAGGUUUGAGAGCUCUCCUGAAGAUGGACCGUCACAACAUGUCCUGGGUCCGCUACCCGAGCCGUGUGUCCCUGGCUGUGGAAGAUGUCAUUGCAGCACAGAGCGUCAUUUCCAGGUGCAUGCAUGUGUACAUAGCAGUGUGUGUCCCACUGAGCCUAGGGAUAGGGCUCUUCAGUCUGAGCGUGUUCAUCCGGGACCGUACUAGGCUGGGGGUGUUGGACAGGCUCCUUGCGGGCCUCACAGCCACUAGCAUCUUGGUGACUCUACUGUCCCUCAAUGCUGCUGGCCGACCUGACUACCUGCCCACGACAAACCUGGGCUGUGGAGUACUCUCAUUCUUCUCCAAUGCCUGCUACUUCAUGGCCCAGUAUCUGCAGGGAGCCAUGCUUCUCCUAUCCUUUCUGCCGGGAUCGCCCUGCUGCCGGCUCUUGGCAAAGCCUGUGGCAAGCCUAGCUGCCAUCGGGGGCUGUGCUGUCUGUAGCUCCCUCAUCGUGGUGUCCUUGCUAGGCACAUUUGGGGAGCUGCACACAACCACCUUGUGCCAGGCAGAUCCGCUGACUGCAUGGCCUGAAUACGAGAUUGUCAAGUUCAGCCUGGGCUUUGCACUUGCCCUGAGCUUCCAGAUGGUUCUCUUCCUUCUGUAUGCUACACAGCCAGUCUGGCGAGUGGCUCCUGCUCAAAGGGACACAGCCUCUGGACACUGGGUGGUACUGGCCAUAGCUCUCAACAUGUUUGCCUGUAGACUCUUCUUCAAUGCGGUCCUCCUACAUCGGGCCCAGCUGAAGCUGUGGAAGGAUGUGGGCUCCCCCAGAGAUGAGCUACUCAUGAACCUCGCAGAGCUGGCCCUGUCUGGAGAGAGCUGUGUCAAUGUGGUGGUCAUCCUCUUCCUCCACACACCAUGCAGGCUCAGGUUGCUUGGCCUCCUUGAGCACCUUACACAAAGAUGCAGGCAGAGGCUGGACAAUGGCAUGUCCUUGAACAGAGUAGGGGGCUAGACAAGGCCUGCCUGCUGGCACAGGCCACAUCCCUUGCUAGUGUUCAGGAGAGACUGCCUUCCCAGGGAGCUUGAGCAGGGUUCAUAGGUUUUGGAUGCUUAGCUUGCCUAUAUUCAACUCAACCUAUGCAAGACAAGACAGUUUCUCUUCCCACACCAUCAGUCAUACCAUGAGGGACACAGUGACAUGGGCUAGCCAAAGACCAUGGGUCUGCUGGAGGGUGUCCUGACUACGAUGGUUGCCACCUUCUAUGCAACAGUCCCGUCUGAUGACACAAAGAGGAAGGCACUGUGGAAAUAAACGCGGCUCCUGACGCCGGGACUGCGGCCACAUCACCACACCAGGCUGCUCACUCACUCACAGCUCUGUUACGUUCUGGGGCUGUGCAGUUGUUGCCAGCUAGCUUUCAACUGUUGGAGAAUUUGGGCAAUGGAAUUCCUGCCAGAAACGUCCGUUAUGUUUGUCUUUUAAAAGUCUGCCAUCACUGCGGCUGGAGAGAUGGCUCAGACUCAUCAGUCAACCUUCCUGCUACUUGGGACAGCCAGAGUGCACAGUGCUCUUGCAGAGGCCCUGUGUCAAGUUCCUAGCAUCUACAUUAGGUGGCUAACAACUGCCUGUAACUUCAAUUCCAGGGGAUCCAAUGCUUUCUCCCACAGACACCUGCACUCAUAAGCAUAUACCACUGCCUUCUCUCUCA